AUGGCUAUAGACAACAAGAAAAUAGGUAGAAUAGAGUCCGAUAUCAAUCAGUCGAUGCCGUAUUUGGCCUCGGAUGAGAAGUCUUCCACACUGAAAGAUCCGUAUCCCUCUACGGAGACUCGUGGCCAACCUACUCCGGAUGAUGAUAUAGAGGGAAUCAAACAGCAACUUUACAGACGGAAGGGACAGAUUUUGCUUCAACAACAGUUACAGAAAGAGAAAGAAGCAGAGCAAGUCAAGCCGUGGGUGCAUUUUGUCUCGGGUGGUUUGGGAGGUAUGUGUGGUGCAAUAUUCACUUCUCCAUUCGAUGUUGUCAAGACCCGAUUACAGUCAUCAGUGUUUCAUGAAGUAUACAAAACCCAGGUUGGUUCACGAUCUCUUGUAUCAAGUAUUGGCAAGCAUUUUCAAGAGACUUGUUCGAUUAUCUACAACGUCUAUAAGAUUGAGGGAUCCAGGGCUCUAUUUAAAGGAUUAGGACCGAAUUUAAUCGGAGUGAUACCGGCCAGGUCGAUUAAUUUCUUUACUUAUGAUUAUACCAAGGGCUUGUUGAAGAAAACGGAUUAUUUUAAAGGAGAAGAGACCUCAUUCAUACAUCUUCUUGCCGGUUUAAAUGCCGGUAUCGUGACGAGUACGGCUACCAAUCCAAUUUGGUUGAUCAAGACCAGAUUACAACUAGACAAGGCCACUAAGAAGGAGUACAAGAACUCGAUUGACUGUCUCAGAAAGACAAUCAAAAAUGAGGGUUUCUUUGCCCUCUAUAAAGGAUUAUCAGCCUCGUAUCUUGGCUCCGCAGAGUCCACCAUUCAAUGGAUUCUCUACGAGCAGAUGAAGGGGAUGAUUAGACACCGUGCGGAGAGAUUGGCAGCAUUGGGAAGAGAGAGAACUCGGGUGGAUAACGUGGCCGACUGGUUUGCCAGAUCCGGUGCUGCCGGUUUCGCCAAACUCAUAGCGUCGUUAAUUACGUAUCCGCACGAAGUUGUGAGAACACGUCUUAGACAGGCACCGAUGGAGAAUGGUAAGCCAAAGUAUACUGGACUUAUUCAAUGCUUUAAGCUGGUAUUUAAAGAGGAAGGAUUCGUUUCGAUGUACGGAGGAUUGACACCCCAUUUAAUGAGAACGGUUCCUAACAGCAUGAUCAUGUUUGGUUCCUGGGAACUCUUCACCAAGGCUUUGUCCAAAUUAUGA